CAUACGAGCUUCUGUUUCGCUUCACAAUUCAUUUGGAGUGAAUUCUGCAUCUCCAACUUCUCAUCCUGUCGCAAUUGUUGAGGUAUGCCGCUACCGCUGCUAUUAUUGCUCAAGUGUCCUGCGGCGGCCCAAACCCCACGAAACCUCCUCCGGGGUUCUUCCUCACCACUCACUGCUCUCCCACCCUCCCUUUUCCCAUAGACCACCACCCAAGACCUUCCCCACCCGACACUAAUCCAUCCGAUCUUGAACAGGUGCUCACCAUCCUUUGGCCCCUCCUAGAAUCGCCCCUCAGUUCCAGAAUUCCCUUCCCCUCCCGAGAAAAUAUUCGACGUGUUCGCGUGCGAGCGGGUCGGACAAUAAUCGCCUGAGCGAGGACGUGGAUCGGUUAUAACCUCACCUCUCUGGUUUUCGCUCAAACACUCAACCCGAAAAGUCUUAUAAUAUAGUCGCGAUGGAGGGUCAGGGUGAAAACGACGAGCUUUACCCUAUCGCCGUCCUUAUCGACGAGCUGAAGCACGACGAUGUCCUCCUCCGUCUCAAUGCUAUUCACCGCCUCUCCACCAUUGCCUUGGCUCUAGGGCCCGAGAGAACCCGGGAAGAGCUGAUCCCAUUCCUCGACGACUCUGUCGAGGAUGAAGAUGAGGUUUUGACCGCGUUAAGUGAGGAGCUUGGAAACUUCACAGAAUAUGUUGGUGGCCCAGAGUACGGGCAUGUACUUCUCUCCCCCCUCGAGAAUUUGGCCGCUAUUGAAGAACCUCUGGUCAGAGAAAAGGCCGUAGAAUCUCUUAACAAGAUCGGAGAGCAGCUGUCCGAGAAACAGAUUGAAGAAUAUUUCAUUCCGAUGGUUUUGCGCCUGUCGAAAGCCGACUGGUUCACCUCGAAAGUUUCCGCGACUGGGCUCUACUGUGUCCCAUAUAGGAAGGCUUCGCCCACACUACAGCAAACCCUCCGUCAAUACUAUGGAAGCCUCGUGCACGACGACACACCAAUGGUGAGAAGACAAUCAGGAAACAACCUCGCCAAGUUCAUCAAGGAACUGAACACCCAAGUUGUUAUCGAUGAAAUGAUACCCUUGUUCCAGCAUCUCGCCACCGAUGAACAGGAUAGCGUGCGGCUGCUUACUGUGGAUGUGCUUAUCUCGAUUGCGGAGGAAAUCCCCAAGGAGCAGCAGCCCAGCCAUGGCGUUCUUCUGACCUCAUUGAGGAAUCUAUUUGAGGACAAGAGCUGGAGAGUUAGAUACAUGGUUGCCGACCGUUACGAAAAGAUCGCCAAGGCCGUCCACGACGAAGUUGUCACUCGUGACAUGGUCCCUUCGUUUGUUAAGCUUCUGAAAGACACGGAAGCUGAAGUCCGCACCGCUAUUGCCGGCCAGAUCCCAGGCUUCUGCAGCUUGAUCGAUCGUGAUACAUUGCUUAAUGAGAUCAUGACGAGUGUUGAAGAUCUCGUGUCGGACCCCUCUCAACACGUCCGCGCAGCACUGGGAACUCAGAUCAGUGGCCUUGCACCUAUCCUUGGCAAGGAGGAGACUACUGCCCAUCUCCUUCCGAUGUUCUUGCAGAUGCUCAAGGAUGAAUUCCCGGAUGUUCGUUUGCAUAUCAUCUCCAAGCUGGAGUUGGUUAACAAAGUCAUUGGCAUUGACCUCCUGUCCCAGUCUUUGCUGCCGGCUAUUGUACAGUUGGCCGAAGACAAGCAAUGGCGUGUCCGACUGGCCAUCAUCGAAUAUAUCCCUCUGCUUGCCAGCCAGUUGGGCGUCAAGUUCUUCGAUGAGCAGCUGAGCGAUCUUUGCAUGGGCUGGCUCGGCGACACAGUCUUUUCCAUCCGUGAGGCUGCCACAACGAACUUGAGGAAGCUCACGGAGGUCUUCGGCGUUGAUUGGGCCAAGGGAUCCAUAAUCCCCAAAGUCAUGGCCAUGGGCCAGCACCCCAACUACCUCUACCGGAUGACCACGUGCUUCGCCAUCUCCACUCUUGCCCCAGUUGUAUCGAUGGAUAUUAUUGAGAACUCGAUUCUCCCCAUCUUGGACAGACUCGUGUCGGACGAGAUCCCGAACAUCCGUUUCAACGUUGCCAAGUCCUACGCUGUAUUGAUUGAUACCCUGCGACGCCUGCCGGCGGAAGGAACCUUGACAGAGCUCGAAAAAGCAGGACAGACUGCCAGCCCGUCGCCGCGGGGUCAGGAACUCAUCCAACAGAGAAUUCUCCCUAGCCUGGAGAAGCUGCAAGGCGACGAUGAUGUCGAUGUGCGGUAUUUUGCGACCACUGCCGCUGGCGGCCACGAGGAAGUUAUGCAGACUUCACCGUAGGCUUAGCACCAUGGGCGCGUGAGUGGGUACUAAUAUCACGGCACUCCCGCGGAUUUGGGUGGAAUUCCAGUUUUUGUCCAACUUAGAAACAGUCAGAAGAGCCUGGCUGGUAUGAAAUGCUUGAUGGCGUUCUCCCUGUAGAGUCUUCUUGGUCGACGAUCAAUAAUCCUGCAAAAUCAGAUCCCGGUACUUUUUUUUCUCUACUCUGAUUCUGUAUCAUGAACCUUGCUGUCUGAGCCCGACAGGCAAUGAAGUGGGUGGAUGAUAGGGG